UCUGUUUCUUGUCAUUCUUCAAGGGAUUCAUUCGGGUUCUUCUUGUGUCACCAGAGAGAGAGAGAGAGAGAGAGAGAGAGAGACACUUCGAUGAAUAUAGCUUCGAGGAUUCGACGAAGUUUCUUUAGAGAGGAGAAGAGGAAACUUCCUAGUAUAAAUGGAUCCUCGAGCAGGAACGAAGAUGAUGAUUUGCUAGGAGUGACUGUUGAAUUGAUCGAUCACGUCAGAUCUUUCACCAUUGACACGUUUAAGAACUUCUCUCUCUACGACGAAGAAGCGUGUGUAAAUCCUCUGGAAGAAGAUGAAGAAGUGAGCUCCUCUGAGAAUGUGAAGAAGGAUUUGUCUGAUUGGCAGGAGAGACACGCCGUUCUCGUCUUGUCCAAAUCCAAGGAACUCUCACAGCUGAGAUUUAAGUUAUGCCCACGUCUCUUAAAGGAAGAUCACUUUUGGAAGAUAUACUUCAAACUUGUCAGGAACCUUGUUGCAAAAUAUGAGGUGCAAGCAAUCCAACAGGCAAUAAUCAAAGGUGUUUAUGAAGUUGAAAUGUCAGAAACCAGGCCAAAUUUGACUAGUACCGGACCUGCAACUCCAUGAAAGCUUAGUAGCUUAAGACAGGUGUUGUAACUUACAGACUAGUAUACUCUUGCUGUUGUAAUCUAAGGCUGCACUUAUUCUAAACAUGUAGAUUUUUUUUCCCACGGCUUGCUUUUUACAGCUUAUUAGACGGGUUCAAUAACGAAAACCAAUAUAUACUGAAUCAGCACCGCUUGAUCGGUAAAAUAUUA